AUGUCUACAAGAAAGAGGAAGAACGAAGAGGAGGAGCUUGUCGCCCUCCCAAGUGACGAGAGUGAUGAGGAAGAAGAAUACGCCGAAUCUGAAGGCUCAAACUUCAAUUCCGACGACUCUGACGCCGAAGAGCCCCCACCCAAGAAGAAGACCAAGCGCACCAAGCCCAAAGACGAUGAGGAUGACGAAGACGAGGAGGAAGAAGAUGAUGUAAGCGACGAUGAGGAUGACGAUGCCGCGGUGCCUGAGGAAGAUGACGAUGACGAUGAGGACGCCAAUCCCAAAGCCAAGAAACCAGCUGGCGCAGAGAAAGAUCGGAAAGUCAAGACGACAGGCAAGGCUGAUCCCGUACCUGUGGUCGACGAUGAUGAUGAUGAUGACGACGAAUAG